AUGGCGGAUCAGCAGUUACAGCUACAACCAACAAUCCUUAAAACCCUCGCCGAAGAGACAGAUCAAAUCCUUUUUGAUAUACAAUAUGACCAGACACGCGAGCCAACCAAAUACAUUAUUGCUUCAAAAUUAUAUUCGUGUCAAGGAAAGCAACGAGAGGCCAUCUCUGUGCUUGAACACGGUCUACGAGCAAUCGCUAAUAACGACAGCAGCAGCAGCAGCAGUGCACAGAUCUCUUCACGCCACCUUAUUCAGCAACAGCUUGACAUUGUGAAGGCUCGACUCACAUGUCGUAUCGAUUUCAUCACCCGAUGUCCCUUCGAAGUUGUUUGUACCAUUGCCAACUACCUGGAUACACAAACCACUAUGCAGUGCCUGGAUGUUUGUCGUUCCUGGCGCGCCAAGUUUCUCGAGCAUAAAGACGUCUGGAAAAGCGUGUCCCUUGUCGGUAGCAGUGGCAAGAAGCAAAAAUCUGUUCAAAUUUUGUCAGCUAUGUCAGAGUACAUCGAGAACGUAUCAAUUCUUGCGCGUCCUGAGCAGAUCAGGAUGCAUUUUAGAUUGCUCAAGACUAAUACAUUUGGCAAUCUUCGGACGCUGUCUAUCUCUGACACAGGUGAACCAGUAGCUGCGGAACUCAAGCUGACCAAAUCUCUGUUUAAUGUCAUACUCCCUCACGUCUCAAACACAUUGACCAAACUGGAACUAAAGUCGGACUCGUUCAUCAAGAUAUCGCUCGUACGUAUAUUAUCCACGUGUCGGAAACUCACUCACCUCAAAGUCAAUGUCUACUCUCUUACUACCAUCACUGCGACGACAUUGUUGGAAGAAAAAAUCCCGGAAACUACAGCGCUGACAUCUUUGAGCGUCAUUACUAAUUGGCCCAUAUUCUCUCAAGUACUAAAAAUCCUCCAUCCGCUUUUCCCUCACAUGCCAUGCCUCCGGCGUUUGACAGUUCUGUAUCAUUCGGUGGAUCGAAUAAACAGUAUCGAUGUUUUCGAUAUGCUUGGUGAACACAACUGUCCCGAGUUGGAAUACGUUAUAACUGGUUCUUCUGACGUGGUGAAAAUGAGGAGCAAGAAUGAUGAUGAUGAUUCCUUGUUCUUUGACCCUCCUGGUGACGACGAAGACGACGACGAUGACGAGGAUAACAACGAUAGCGCUACUUUUAAUCUACAUGACGAUAGAACGGCAGCUACAGCAGCAUCAAGAACAAACACAACGGCCGAUGGGAUCGAAAACAUAAAAUCGGUAUCGGAGACGAGGAAACAACGUGCCAAGAAAGGACUUCGUCGUUUGGCUAUUCAAGGAUUGCGAUCAGCGACACCUUUAAAGUCACGACUAGAGAAAAGCAGCAAUACUCUCCAAACGAUGUUCCUCUCGUUCAAUUUUUACAGCCAUUACUCCAACAUAAGCAGCUGGGAACCACUCUCCACGUUUACCAUGUAUAAGCUGACAUCGCUUCAUGUGUCAAGUUACUGCAAGCCGUUUUAUCAACAUCUUCCUGCAAUCCUUAUCCGCUUACCGGCUCUCAAAUCUCUGUGUUUAGAGAAUGCGCCCAUAAGCAGCGACACGUUAUCCGAAAACCCGCGCCAACAACAGCUAGAAUCACGCUUGUUGGGUGCUAUAAUCCAAUUAACUCGGCUAUCUACUCUACAGUUCCGCCAAUUUUACAUUAUGUUUGGACGCGACGACUUUUUUGACCGGCUGAUGCUCCAUUAUACUCUUACGGCACAAGACGCACCGCCACAGAAAGAAAACUUAACAUUGGCAUCAACAACGGACUACGGCGCCCAUAGCUCGUAUUGUGGUUUGGAAUGUCUGCGUAUCGUCGACUGCCCUGGGUUCGCUACAUCAGCAUUGCAACAGGCCGCCAAAAUCAAGAGUCUUCAAAAACUUAGUAUCGUUUUGUCGACCCGCGAUCAACAACAAGUUAGCUCUUGUGACGUCAAUACUUUUGCACAAUCAAUUGGAGACCUCGCUUUUCUAUCAGAACUUGGACUAGGUAAAAUGACGCUGACAGAUAACAGCGUGCAUAGUAUUUCAGCGUGUAAAAAUCUUAAAAGAUUGGCCCUGAAAGAAAUCCAAGGUCUUACACACAAAGGCGAAGAGCUAUUGGAGGAGCAUAUGGAAUCGGUAUUGUUUGUAUAG